AAUUUGGGAUUUCCCACGAGCGGGCUCAGGGAAUCUUGCCGUGGGUUCUGGAGUCCUUUGCAGAGCAUCCCACAGCCUGUUCCCCUGGAGCAGGGCUCCUGCUGUUCCCACUGACAAGUGCAUCCGAGGGCAGGCAGAUCCCGGGAUGCUGCUGGGGAACACGUGUGAGAGGCACUGGGAAAAGCAAGGAAAUGUUUACGCUGGGAGGGGACUGUUGACAGUGCAGCUCAAACAGCUGACGUUAUUCAGGGCAGCCAGCGCCGUGCAAUAUUUUGCUUUUUGCUCCUCUCCUGGGGGUCAGGCAGAAGGGAAGGAUCAAAUGGGGCUGGCAGGGCUCUCCUUGGCCAGAGCAGGGAAUCCAGCAGCUGCAGGCAGGGAAGGUGGUGAGGAGAAGCAGCAACUGGGACUCGGUGCUGUGGCUGAAGUCGAGGUCAGGCUGGACUCUGGGGCAGCCCAGCGUGGAGACACCGACAUUCCUCGGAGGUUGUAGCCCCAGGAGAUGUCUGGGUGGUGUCUGGAGCCCCAUGUGUGCUGCAGGGCUGUCAGCAGUGCCAGAGGAUAUCUGGAAAACGUGGAAGUGUUUUGUGCUGGGAGAAGGGAGCUCGAGGUGCUGAUGUUCUCUGGGUGGCUGUCGAGCAUGGCUGACAAGAACAGCACCCUGAAAUGCACGUUCUCUGCUCCUGGCCACAGCACCACGCUGCUGCAGGGACUGGCCUCGCUCCGAGCCCAGGCUCAGCUGCUUGAUGUCAUCCUCACUAUAAAUAAUGAAGUGUUUCAGGUUCAUAAAGUUGUCUUGGCUGCCUGCAGUGACUAUUUCAGGGCGAUGUUCACGGGCGGGAUGAGAGAAGCCAGCCAGGACGUGAUCGAGCUCAAAGGCGUCUCUGCCAAGGGCCUGAAGCACAUCAUCGACUUCGCCUACAGCGCCGAGGUCACUCUGGACCUCGACUGCAUCCAGGACGUGCUGGGAGCCGCCGUCUUCCUGCAGAUGGUGCCGGUGGUGGAGCUGUGCGAGGAGUUCCUCAAGUCCGCCAUGAGCGUGGAGACGUGCCUCAACAUCGGCCAGAUGGCCACCACCUUCAGCCUGGCCUCCCUCAAGGAAUCCGUGGACGCCUUCACCUUCAGGCACUUCCUGCAGAUCUCCGAGGAGGAGGAUUUCCUCCACCUGCCCCUGGAGCGCCUGGUGUUCUUCCUGCAGAGCAACAAGCUCAAGAGCUGCAGCGAGAUCGAGCUGUUCCGCGCCGCCGUGCGCUGGCUGCAGUUCGACCCCGCGCGCCGCGCCAGCGCCAGCCGGGUGCUCUGCCACAUCCGCUUCCCGCUCAUGAAGUCCUCGGAGCUGGUGGACAGCGUGCAGACCCUGGACAUCAUGGUGGAGGACGUGCUGUGCCGCCAGUACCUGCUGGAAGCCUUCAACUACCAGAUCCUGCCCUUCCGGCAGCACGAGAUGCAGUCGCCGCGCACGGCCGUCCGCUCGGACGUGCUGUCCCUCGUCACCUUCGGCGGCACUCCCUACACCGACAACGACCGCACCGUCAGCCCCAAGGUCUUCUGCCUGCCCGACGCCGGCGGGCGCCAGUUCCGCGAGCUGGGCGAGAUGGAGGUGGGCAGCAGCCACUCCUGCGUGGCCGUGCUGGACAACUUCGUCUACCUGGUGGGAGGGCAGCAGCUGCAGUACCGCAGCGGCGAGGGCGCCGUGGACGUCUCCUACCGCUACGACCCCCACCUCAACCGGUGGCUGCGCAUCCAGGCCAUGCAGGAGAGCAGGAUCCAGUUCCAGCUCAACGUCCUGCGCGGCAUGGUUUACGCCACGGGCGGCCGCAACCGCUCGGGCAGCCUGGCCUCGGUGGAGAAGUACUGCCCCAAGGACAACGAGUGGACCUACGUGUGCUCCCUGAAGCGCAGGACGUGGGGCCACGCCGGCGCCACGGUGGGGGACAAGCUCUACAUCUCGGGGGGCUACGGGAUCUCCGUGGAGGACAAGAAGGCGCUGCACUGCUACGACCCCGCCGCCGACCAGUGGGAGUUUAAGACCCCCAUGAACGAGCCCAGGGUGCUGCACGCCAUGGUCAGUGCCAACGGCAGGAUCUACGCCCUGGGAGGCCGCAUGGACCACGUGGAUCGGUGUUUCGACGUCCUGGCCGUGGAAUAUUACGUCCCCGAGACGGACCAGUGGACCACGGUGAGCCCGAUGCGCGCGGGGCAGUCGGAGGCGGGCUGCUGCCUCCUGGAGAAAAAGAUUUACAUCGUGGGGGGCUACAACUGGCACCUGAACAACGUCACCAGCAUCGUGCAGGUCUACAACACGGAGACAGACGAGUGGGAGAGGGACUUGCACUUCCCAGAGUCUUUUGCUGGCAUUGCCUGUGCCCCCGUCGUCCUGCCGCAGGUGACGAGCCAGAGGUGACUCCGGGGGGCUCUGGGGCUGUGGGAGAGGCAAGGACACAGCAGCUCCAGAAGGUCCCUUCUCCUUCUGGGGAGUCCUGGCACGCCAGUUCCAUCAGCAGCACUUGUCAGCCAGGCAGACUGAACAGAUGUUACAGCUGGGAAAAGCUUUUCUCUCCUCUUCUCUCAGCCUUUUUUUUUUUUUUUUUUUUGGUGGGGGGCGCAUUUUGCCGACUUUUCGUAUUUUUAACGGCGUCGCAAACAUUGGCAGCUCAGGAGUCACUCAGCACUGGGGUCUUGUUUCCAAGAGAUCAGGUGAGGGUUUUUUUAUCAAGAGCUCCAAAAAUAAAAAUCACCGUGCGUCGCUUUGUUGGUUUUUUUAGCAAACAACAACAAAAAAAAAAACAAACAAAAAAACAAAACAAAACAAAAAAAAAAAAAAAAAACAAAAAAAAAAAGCAAAACCUGUGUAACACACUGACCUCCAGAAGCAAUAAAAGGACAGUGGGAGCUACAAGAGCUCAGGUGCUUGGAUUGGGAAGGCAGAUCCCUGUUUUUCAAAGGUGACUUUUCCUUUUUUUCCCUUGCUGAAAAAGGGAAUAUUUAUCCCUGCACACCUCUGGUCUUCACUGCUUGGAUCACGCUGCAGUUCCUCGCCCCCUCCAGCUCCUCUAGUGCAGAAAUUCUCCCUUAAUUGGGGCGUGCAGAGUUUGCAGCACUAAAGCCAUGGUGAAAGCUUGAUUGUAUAUAAACAGGCGUGAUUAUUUGGGUUUAGAAGUGCCAAAAAUUUGGCUGCCCUGGCAAUAAAAGCUCUGCAGUCGUCCAUCAGUGAAGCCAAGAGCUCCUGCAGAUUCUGGGUCAGGGUUUUCACCUUUCCCAGCACCUUCAUCCCAACUCUUCCUCCAGUAAAGGAGGUGGGUGCUACUCCUUCAGCAGCUGGAAGGUUUCCUUCCCUGCCCUGUGAAUGAGCUGCUUGGCAUCCCAAAAUGAUGGGAGUCCCAGUGGAACGUGGUUUUGUUGUUGUGGUGGUGUUUUAAAUUAAGAGGUUGGUUGAAGAUGGCUCUGCCAUUUUUGUAAAAUCUUCACUGCACAGAACACUUCCUGAACUUCCCUCUCCUCCAAGCCAUUUUCCUUAUUUAAUUUGACGAAUGAAUUGCAAAAAUCUCUGCUUUUAUCAGGAGUUCUGUUUCCAAGGGCUUUGUUUUGUAUCUGUGUCAGCUUGAUUUGGAUGCACACGGUCUCCUUUUGUAGAGAAGCUGUUGCAUUCUGCUGUGAAAUAAAUCCUGGGCUGCAACCUUUAGUGGCAAUUGUAAUGUCUGGUGUGCUGAUGAAUCCUUGAGAGGUUUGUGUGAAGCAUGAACUCCACAGCUCAGAGAUUUUUCUGGAAUCCAUGGGACCAGAGCAGCUCCGGGUAGGAUGCAGGGUGCUCGCAUUCUGAAUUUCAGAUAAAAGCCAUGCAGAAUUUCCUCUGUUCCUCUGCAUUUGCUGCUUUGCCAGUAAUAAACUGAUGAAAAGGACGUGUUGCUGUGUGGAAUGCUGCAGUUGGAGGGCUCUCAGGCCCUUCAUUGACUCCUUUUCUCUGUUCCUUUGGCCUGGCCUGGCCGCCAGAAACGCCCGGGAUGGGCUUGGCAGAGACAGGAGAUGCUGAGAGGAUGAACUGGAACUCAGCUCAAGCCUCACAGUUCCAAAAGAACGGAUUUUCCUUGCUGAGUGGUUCCACGUGUGUAUAAAAAUGGUGUUUCUCAGGUUGGUAUUUCCCAGGUCGUUCCUCCCUUUCCUGCGUGCGGGAUCUGCUCUGUCCCCCUCUGAGGGUGGCAUUCCUUCAUCC